UAAGCAUCUUUUCGAAAGUCACUCGCGUCAGGUUUGUUGUGUCAACGCACACUUUUUUUUAGAAAAAAACCACACCAAUUUUAGUAAUUUAAAACGCAUAAAGUUUAGCCGGUUGAUUGGCUGAAUACAAGGACACUUAAUUCGGAAGACACUGGGGUGAACGGUGUGAUUGGUUCUCCCGAAAUAAUUCGUAGAAAUGGCGGUUCCAAGCACAUACCGAGACCAACAUUUCAAAGGUUCCCGGGUAGAGCAGGAGCGUCUGUUGAGUCAAUCUUGCACCCUGUAUGUUGGAAACUUGUCCUUUUACACAACUGAAGAACAGAUCCAUGAAUUGUUUGGGAAAUGUGGCGAUGUCAAGAGAAUCAUCAUGGGAUUGGACAAGUUUACUAGGACCCCUUGUGGAUUUUGUUUUGUAGAGUUUUACCUGAGGAAUGAUUCAGAAAAUGCCAUCAGGUUUGUGAAUGGGACAAGACUGGAUGACAGAAUUGUGAGAACUGACUGGGAUGCUGGCUUCAUUGAAGGAAGGCAAUAUGGCAGAGGCAAAACUGGAGGACAGGUGAGAGAUGAAUACCGAACUGACUUUGAUGGUGGCAGAGGAGGAUGGGGCAAAAUGAUUCAGCAGAAGGUGGCCACAUCUGCUGCUGCUAACAAUUGAUAACAUUUCUAAAUACUGUAUUCAUUCAUCUCUGUGUGUUUUUUUUUUUAACAAAUGUCAACAAGUGUUAUCCUCAAUUAAAACAGACCAUGCUGAA